GGCAGCCUGGAAGCUGUGAGCUGCGCAGGGCGGGGCGAGCGGUCGCAGCGCCCGGGAGCCCGACGACGAGUACCGGGGAGCCGGCCGGGGAGGGGUUCUUGGGCGCUCACGGGGCGUGCACUGGCAAAGCGAGACCAUUUCCCGGCAAGGGCGCCAGUUCCUCCGCUCUGCUCGGCCGGGAAGUCCGGGGCGGACUAGCGGAAAGCCCUACCGUCCAGGCCAGCUCCCUGGAGCAAACCGAGUGGCCUGGAUGUCCCUGAUUAUUAUUGUUGUUGUUGUUUAUACUGCGAGCACGAAAUUCCUCCCCAGGGCCUCCUCCCCCGCCCGCUCCACCUGCUCCUCCCUCCUGUUGUAACAUGCCAUUAGUGAGCCUGCGACCUCAUUUCCAAGGGUGCUAGAGUUCGCAUUCAGCCACCAUGGGGAAUGGGAUGAACAAGAUCCUGCCUGGCCUAUACAUCGGCAACUUCAAAGAUGCCAGAGAUGCAGAGCAAUUGAGCAAGAACAAGGUGACACACAUUCUGUCUGUCCACGAUAGUGCCAGGCCUCUGUUGGAGGGGGUUAAAUACCUGUGCAUUCCAGCAGCGGAUUCACCAUCUCAGAACCUGACAAGACAUUUCAAAGAAAGUAUUAAAUUCAUUCACGAGUGCCGACUCAGGGGUGAGGGCUGUCUUGUACAUUGCCUGGCCGGUGUCUCCAGGAGUGUGACUCUGGUGAUCGCAUACAUCAUGACCAUCACCGACUUUGGCUGGGAGGAUGCCCUGCACACUGUGCGUGCAGGGAGGUCCUGUGCCAACCCCAACCUGGGCUUCCAGAGACAGCUCCAGGAGUUUGAGAAGCAUGAAGUCCACCAGUACCGGCAGUGGCUGAAGGAAGAAUAUGGAGAGAGCCCUUUGCGGGAUGUGGAAGAAGCCAAAAACAUUCUGGCCACUGCAGGAAUUCUGAAGCACUGGGCCUUUCUCAGAAGACUGUAAGGUACCUGAAGUUUCUGAAAUAUCGCAAAGCCACAGAGUUUAGGCUGGUGCUGCCAAAAAGAAAAGCAACCUAGAGUUUAUUUUUAAGUAUCCAGAAGCGAUUUGUAAAUUUGGUUUUCAUUUUAAACUGAAUACAUGUGUAAUGAUGUUCUAUGUUGAGAACUAAAGAUACUCUUCCCCAAGAGAAAAUAUUUUUACCUUAAUACCACUACUACAGCAAUAUCUUUAACCUUAACUUUGGGUUUAUAAAGCAAUCUCAAGAGCCCUACUGCACUGUUUUGGUAACUGUUUAGUAAUCGUGAUUGCUUCUCAUGAGAAUUGUGCUGGGUAAACUCUGCUUGUGUGUUCUUAAAUUCCCCAGCUUGGGAAAUACCUCUUGCUGUGUGCUCUGCCCAUGGUUUGUGUUCCCCAUGGUGGACUUUACCAAAAGCUACACAUUUUUGUUAACAAAGGGCCACCGAGCAUUGAAGUCCAUGUGCAAUGCACUCUUCCUUAGCUGAGGUGUGGAUGUCAUACAUGUUCCUGCCGCUGAGGGUUGUGAAGCAGGAUUGGAGCCUGCUCCUAUAGCAGUAAUUGCUGGUGUAAUUGCAGAGACCACUCUUUCCUCCAGAAGGUAGUACAGGGGGCACUUAGGAGAAGUGAAUUAAUUUCACCAUGAGAGAAAAAUUGAUCCUCAGCGUGAACAGAAAGAAACCCAGAAAGUGGACUCAUAGUUCUCUGGCACAUGGCACCUCUGGAAUUACUGCAUUUAUCACAAGGGUGAGGGGUGUGCAGCCCAGGUGCUCCAUGAACAUUUGCUGCACAUUGUUGAAUGCAGUUUACUCUGAUUCCAUAUUCAGCUUUUAAUUUGAAGAAACACAGCCUGGCUUGAAGAGCAAUUUAAGUCAGUUUCCUAAAUUUUCCUUGUCUAAAUCUAGUGGAGGAAGAAGGAGAUUUAACGUUUCCCUCCAAGGAUAAUUUGGGCCUGAACUAAGGGCAGGUGGAUAGAGGAGCUAAUAUACAUGGACCCUUUAACUGUAGGUGGCAGGCUUCACCUAUGUUCUGAGUUUCUGCUUCUAAUGCCUGGAAUCUCCUGACAAGGGCUCAGGGAAGGGGCUGGAAUGAAGAGGAGGACCCUUUGCACGGGCGGCAGCCCCUGCCAGGUGUGGGAUGAUAUGCACUGAUCAGUUUCAGUCAUUAAAAUGCUUAUUCUGACUCAGCAAGCCUGCCUGGAUGUAGCACAGGUAAUCCAGUUGUAGGAGCCUCUGAGUGCUCUCAUGUGCCAGCCCUGAAAGCCCUGAGAUGUCUCCACUUCCCACUUGUGAGUGUGUGCCAGAGCCUUGUCUCUGUGGAAAACUCGGGAACAGUGGCCAAGACGUAGUACAGAGCCUCAGGAAGACCUCUGUGCUGUGGGUAGGACAACGAGGCAGCAGAAUUAGGAAAAAAGGUUUUCUGGUGAUGGCCCCAAUCCAGUAGAGGCACUCAUCCCUCACAGGCUGACAUCCUUUCCUGUCCCCCUCCUCUUGCUAUAGGACCAGAUCUGGCACCAACAAUAAUCCUCUAAUAAUUGUCUGGUGUUCUGUGGGUUACAAACUAUCACUGCAAAGCUUUAUAAACCCACAGAGGGUAUUAUAUUAUUCAUUUGAGGCUCAAAGAGGCCAAAAAAUACACCAAAAACGGAAAAUGUUAGCUCUGAUUUGCCUGAAUUUUGAACUUUUGAACCCGAAUCAGUGGGUUAAGAGAGGGAGGAGCUGAGCUGCCCCUGCGCUUUGAACUUAGAAGUUUGUAAGGCUCUAGUGGGCCAAGGGGGAACCGGCACCCCUGCAGCAAAGCUGUAUGGCUGCAGAAGCCAGAACCUCUAUUUGGUUGCUUCCCCCACCACACCCCUUUCUCCCUGGGGGGUUUGGGGCCCCAUCAGUGGAGUUGGCAGUUAGGAAAAUUGGCAAUUGCAGAGUGGGUCAUAAGGACCAGUAUAGGUGGUCCUGGUGCUAUGUGUGGGGGAGGGGAAGAGAAACACCAUUCCAGUUUUGGGGUGAGGAAGGCAGUGUUCAGGGAAGGCAUCUUGGAAAAAGUGAUACCUAAUUUGAGACUUCAAGCUUAAGUGCUGGAAUUAGUUGGGCAUAGCGGGAGGAAGGGGAGUCCAGGCAGAGGCCCAGCAUGUGUGUUAACUUGGUGGCAUGAGGGAGCACAGUGCGCUGGGGUGACCCCAAGUCACUCUGUGUGACUAGGGCAAGAGCCAAGGGGUGGGCAGUGAUGGUAAGUGAUACAGACAAAGCUGCGCACCCAAGCAAGGGCCCAGUCAGCCAGGUUGAUACCAUUGCUUAGUAUGUGUAUAGUACCAUACCUUAGUAUACAGUAGCUGGUUUACUUCUUAUACUAGCCCUUGGAGCUAAUCAAGCUCAGAGGUCGUGCCGUGCCAGCUUCCCACAGGGCUGAUUCCUGAGCUUAGAGCUUCAUAAGAAGCAUGCAUGCCAUUAUGCGGAUGUAAUGAGUAGGGGUGGGGGCUCGCUGAACUUGCUAGGGCAAGCAGGUACCAUGGUUGGUUGGUGUGUAGGUGGAUAAUGGAGGGUCCACAUUGGAGGCCAGUCGGGGGCAGCUGUUACAAUCAUCCAGGUGAUUGAAGAUGAUGCCCUGAACAGGGUCAUGGUGGUGGAGAAGAAGAGGGGCCAAGGAAGCAAAUAGAUUUGGGCUUGAGGGAGGUUGGGAAGGGAGAAGCAAAUGCUCUUGGUACUGCACUGAAUGUGAGGGACUAUGGAUUUUGUGGCCUUGACACUCUGGAAUCUUGCUUCCAACACAAUGGUUCUUUGUAUCAACAUCCUCCUUUCCUUUGAUGGUGGUGUAUGGGCUCUGAAAUGUCAAAGUUAGAUUUAAGGGGACUGCCAGACCUAGGGCCUCCAAGGGCAAUCAUCCCAGCUUUGCAGGUUAGGUCCUCAAGUUUAUCUGUGCACCCAGGACAGACUCCCAGGAACUAGACUCAUGACAAUGUGGAAUUCAGAUGUCCAAUUUUAUAAUUUAUUGUGAAAGAUAAAAAAGUAUCUUUAUGAAAACCAGUUUUAUUCCCUAGGCUAGUUCUCUUUCAUUAUCAGGAUUUUGGAGGAAGCCAAAUUAGUCAUUAGGCAUUGUCCUGUGAGAUGGACAUGGAGCUAAGAGCCUUUGCAGGGGGCAGGGGAUAAUCCUGAUCUGAUAUGCCCCAUAAUCAGAUUGCUAUUCCCAUAGCAUAUGUAAGUGGUAUUUCUACCAGGCUCCUGCUUUGCUCGCUGAAGUCACCUUUCCAGGGUCUAGCAGACCAUCCUGUUUAUGUACAAAGGUGAUCUUUGACUUAAGUGACCUUGUUUAGAGCACCUUCAUUAACCUUGGGUAUCCUCAUGUGUCUUCAAUAGCAUUUAUGCUUUUCUGUAAGGAUGGGUUCCCACUAGUGGCUUUUUUUCUCAUUUAUUGGGUGCUUGUUCUUUCUAGUUUCUGUCACAGUAGGGAACCCCACUUCCAACUUCUGGUGCUGUUUCGUGUUACUCAUGCAUAGAGACAACUUAGAAAAUCUAGUGAUUUGUGUGCGUGUGUGUGUGUGUGUGCGCACAUACAUCUGGGUCUUAUGUUUUUUAGUUUUGUUUUAGAGAAAUUCUUAGCUUUCAGGGGAGUCAUGUGUACAACAUCAAGGGCACCUCAAACUUGAGUACCUUAGGUGGCAGCUACCUGGGGCAACCAGGGAAAUGUCAGAGCCCAUAUUACACAACCAGAGCCAGUCACAAAGGGCUGCUCUGCACACCAGUAUCUAGUCAUAAAAAUAGGGAACACACUAAAAAUCAAAACCCUGUGAUCCCACACUAGAUGACUCCUCCCAUCCUGACCCUAAGUUAUUAAUAAUUUUAUUAAGAAUGUGCUUUCAACAUGCUUAUAUUUAUAUAUGUACUUAACCAGAAAUCACCAAGACUUCAGAGGGAAGUUCUUCUUCCCUUUCCUUUUUAUUGCCCAGAGAAGGGGAGAAACUGAGAAGAAGGAGAAGAAAAAAAAAAAAAAAGCUGCCUUUGACUUGUCACCGGAGGCUUGAGCAUGUCAGUUGUUCCCUUCUUAGGAUUUAGUAGGGUCUCCCUUAGGCCUUAGGCUCAUGGACUUGGAUGCAUGUAAUGCACUGGCCACAUUUCAUCAUGCAGAGAGAUCUUGACACUUUGCUCUUGUUUUCCUAUCCCCACUAUAGAUCUUGAGACCUGUCACUGCAGUAACAGGACAUAAUUAGUUCAGCCAGUACCAAAAUUAGUAAUCAAAAUUAGUAUCUAUUUUGUAGCUGAGGCUUAACCACCUAAUAAACAUCUGACUAAAGGUUGCAAGUGCUGUGCCUGUGUCUCUUUCCAUCGGGGGAAAGAAUUGCCAGUAUGUAUUUGAACAUCUGCAAGUUUAGGUUUAUUUUGGCUCUGGAUAUCUAUGCAAACUGUUGAUCAAGAGUUAGUAAUUUGCAGUUAAUUUUCCUGAAGUUUCUAGUUCAGUUAUUAGAGUCUGGUGUCAAAAGAGCUAUUUUAGCAGGUGACUGAAAUUACUAGGCAGUUCAACAUUCUGAGUGUGAUGUUGACUAUUUAGAGGUGGGGUUAGGAGAUGUAUUGGAUGAGAUUGUACCUGAGCACAUCCUUUAUUCAAAGGCCUACUUAAGAAAACUAGAUAUGGGGUGCCUGGGUGGCUCAGAUGGUUAAGUGUCUGCCUUCUGCUCAGGUCAUGGUCCCAGGGUCCUGGGAUAGAGCCCCGCAUCGGGCUCCCUUCUCAGCGGGAAGCCUGCUUCCCCCUCUCCCACUCCCCCUGCUUGUGUUACCUCUCUCGCUGUCUCUCUCUCUCUCUCUGUCAAAUAAAUAAAUAAAAUCUUGAAAGAAAGAAAAAGAAAGAAAAAAGAAAAGAAAACUAGAUGGGAGCCAGGGGUAAAAAAAUAAAACUGAUUUUUGUGGGUUUAACAACCCCUUCUAGGAAUAAUGUAGUUUUUGGAAAUAGUGCUGAUCACACCAUUUGCCUAUUUGUCCAACUUGACCCAAGAAGGCCGAAUUACAGUGGCCUUUCUACUUAGCUUCCCAGUCCUCUAGGACACACAUCAGUGACAAGCAAAUAUAUGAAUGGAACAUUGCCAUUGACAUGGUGUUGGUCCCUCUCUCCCCAUCAAGUCUGUUCAUCAUCAAGUGCUUUGCCCUCAGCCUCUUGUGCCCUUCACCAGAAGUGGCCAAACCAGCACAAACAGGAACCAUACUUUCUGGUGAGCAGGUUUGCCUUUUGUUGGUUGGCUGUGGGUUUCCCCAAGGCACUGAUAUGGAGCCUUUUUGGAAAAUACAAAUCAAAAGCCCUCUACAUGUGCACUAAAGAAAUGUCACCUUCUGCUUUGCAAAGGGUGUGCCCUUCAAGUCAAGAGACCCGAGUGGCGCUGAGCUUCCUCAGAAUGGGAAUCCCUAGAGAAGCUCGUCAUGUGCCAGGGGUUAGAUGUUUGGAUUCUCCUUUGGAUUCUCUCACCGAGGUGGUGACAGAGAGAAAGGCAAGAAGGUGUGAAAGCAGAGGACCAUUUCUAGACUGUUUGCAGAAGCCUUCAUGAAUCUCCCCAAAUCAGGUGCAUCCCAGAGGUGUACUGCAGAUGUGAGCUAAAACCCAUUUCAUGCCUUGAUAUUCACUGUCCCACAGCAGAGAGGCCUAUUCUCUGCUUUGCCAGAGCCCCUACCUGUCAUCUUCCACCUUCCACAAACAGGAAGGCACAGGUCCUGAUAGAGCAGGUUGGGGGAGAUGAGAGGCCAAGGUCCUGGACUGGUGACCAGGCAGCCAAGAUAGUCACAUGCCAGACAGGCCUGACUGAGGUCCAUUUUCAUCCUGGUUCUCUGGAAUACCUUGGGGAAGUCCCAGAGGAGGCAACCCACUCAUGUGGGGAACUUCUUCUAAGACUGGAGUAAAGAAGCUCCCUAGAAGGGAUGAGCAGUGCUAGAGGGCACCCUGUGUCGUGGCACAGUGAUAUGGGCAGAGACAGCCUCACAGCCUUCCUGGGUAGCAUUUUAUGUGUCUAGAAAGGCCUUUCUAAUCAUGAAGACCUCCCAUCUAGAUAACAAGAUAAUCAGCCUCGUGAUGGUCAACAGUUAUUCAGCACUUAAUGUGGGAGAGAAGCUGGCAUUGAGA